AUGGUGUGUUGGCUUGGUAGUGUGAGGUUGGUGAGAGGGGCUACGGGUGCUGGUGUGAGGAGGGCUUGUAGUGAUUGGUGGAGUGGGCGAGCUCGGUGCUUGGUUGGCAAGAAGAAGCUCAGUGAGGAGUGUCUUGCGUGGGAGGGGUCGUUUAGUGCAGCUUGUGGGGAAGAUGUGCCACGGAUGGAAGGUGUUGUGUUUGGAAAGAGGUGUGUUGGUAAGAGAGAAGUUGCAAUAGUGAGGGAGAGAGAGGAGGCUGAAAAUGGGUGA